ACCACUUUGAAACCCGCAAGAGUUGUUGUUUCCCUUCUCGCACUGUUUGUUUGGAGCCCUCCUAACAAGUAGCGCUUAAUGAGCCAGCGCACUCGAGGCUUGUCCGGAUUCCCUCGCUGUUUCGUGAAGAUCCGCGCAACUGAGACCCGCGGCAUUUGUCCCUCUUCCAUGUAAUGAGAACUCUCCCACUCUUUUGGGAGAACGUUGUUUUCUCUCUGGAUGCGUCUGAGUUUCUGAUUCAGUUUUUCAUUUGUAGUUUUUUUUUUACGCUCAACCAUGUACGGAUAGCGGACGGCUCGCUCAGGAAUCCGGCUCGAGUGGAUCAUCAAUGACGGGUUUCUGGAGGGGAUUACACUACGCCGUGGCAAUCCGCUAAACGCCCACAUACUGGCACGAUCACGCACCAUCUGCCUCGAACUAAAUAACGCUUCUCCAGAUUGGACUCUAUCAAUGGAUGUACUUAUGACACUGCUUUGAGUUUGGCCGUGUCAAGCAGCCUUAGACAAUGGAAAACGUCAGUCUUUCAAUGCAAGGAGUCUGCAGAGCUGUUUGGCCUCUUUGCUGCGUGCUUCUGAUGUUUGGCUACUUAUCUGUGGGUUCCCCGCACCACGGCCGGCGGCUGAUCUGCUGGCAAGCCAUCCUGAACUGUAAAAACGAGCCCGAUUGCAACUACGCCUACGACCACUACGUCCUAGCCUGCGGGCCCGUGCUGAACGGGGGUAGGAAGAGGUGUCCCAGCCACUGCAUCUCCUCUCUCGUCCAGCUCAACAUGACCAAAAGUGGCCCGGCUUUGGAGGACUGCAGCUGCGGUGAAGACUUGAGGUGCGCACGCACCAAGCAGGCCAUCGAGCCUUGCCUCCCUAGGACUACCAGCACGGGCUGCACUGAAGCCCGGCUCCAGUGCGGGCGGGACGCGCAGUGCAAUUCGGCCAUGCAGGAGUACUUGCAUCACUGCGGGAAACUUUUUAACGGCGCGAUCUGCACGAACGCCUGCCGUAACGUGAUCGCAAACAUGCGUAAAAUCCCCAAGGGUCAGAAGCUGGAGACCUGCAUGUGCGACGGGACGGAGAGGGCCAUCUGUGAGUUCGUGAAGAGCAGCAUGAAGGCGCUGUGCUUCGACAAUCCAGACUUAUACAGGUACGAAGGCAGCGGGCCCGAUGACGAGGACGACGAUGACAUCUUGUACUCGGAGAGUACAACGGAACCGGAGAGCAAAGCCUCUCACCUGGCUGAGGGCCGCUGGGGAUUAACCCUGCUGGCAUCCAUUCUGGCUCUGUCGCCCCUCUUUUAAUCCUGGGGGUUUCUAUUGUCCUGAUAAAUAGGACAACUUUUGGCACUCAUUGACCUGCAAUAUCAAAAGCCAGACAAACUGAACUGACAUCUCUUCCCCAUCAUAAUGGAAUAUUCAUCUGCAAAUAGGAUGAAAAGGAUGUAAAAGAUGUGAGGUUCUACAGAUGCUUUGCUUAUGAGAUAAGCUAAACAGGAUUGCCAACUUUCUCCUGUCACAGACUCUGAUUGUAAACUUGUCUUAAUCAGCUGUGCACUGCCAAUCCUUCUCCUUAGUUUUAAAGUUUGAACUAUAUUUUUUUAUAUGACAAGGCAGUUGCCAUUUGGCAUCACUGAUACCUGAUUUACCAAUAUUUAAUGUAACUUGUAAAUAAGAUUAGGAGUAAAAGUGAAACAGUAAUUUAUUACAUGUCUCCAAAUAGCCAGUAUGUGUAUAAAGACUGGGAAAUCCAGCUUUAAAGGGAAGUUAUUUUGACUGAAAACGUUGUAAAUGUACUGUAAAUACAUGUAUAGCUGAUAUAAUUUGUUUUGCUCUUUGUUCAAAAGAAUCCUCUGUUUUAGGCUAUGAGAUGAUUUAUUCAUGAUGUAAAGUCUAGAUUAAAAACAAAUGUCUAAAUCCACUGUAUUAUUGCCUUAAUAAUAUCCCUUUUUUCCGAAGGCAUAAAGAAAACUUGAAGAUCA